AUGUCCAAGAUACUCCAUUUAUUCAUCAGCUGCAUGGUUCUGCAAGAAGGUUGUGGACUUUCAUUGUCAGACCACACAGAGGCACCCGUUCCGGUGCCACAUCCAAAGCACAUCAGGACCAAACGCUGCUCCUGUAACACCUGGGAUGAUAAAGAAUGUAUUUACUUCUGCCACCUAGAUAUCAUCUGGGUCAACACUCCGAGUAACCUCCUCCCUUAUGGCCUGGGAAGCCUUGUGUCUCGCCGCCGCCGCUCAGCCGACCGAUGUAAAUGUAACAACCCUACCGAUAUAACCUGCCAUGGUUUCUGUCAUAAAAGCUCGGAGGACCGCAGGACCAAUGAUUCAAGUCCACCUACGACACCUACACACAGCAACAAACUGCUGGCUUCCUUAAGAUCUGCUGCUCGGUCCAACAUGUCGAUCACAUCAAAAAUGACUUCUUUUGAUGUUGAAAAGUCACGGAACAGAACAAGAAGUACUACCAUCUCUGAAGAGGCAGGGGUGAAAACAUGGAAGGCGACAGGAGACCAGUGGGAUCUUCUGAUGAACACCUGCUGA